CGUGCCUCCCGCCGCGGUAGAUGUCCCCGGAUCCGCGCUUCAGCCGCAGCCCUGCAUGCCCGCCCUGGGGUGGAGGCGGUCGUCUUUGUCGAGCCGGGACCUGCUCUCCUUUCUCGUUCAAGCAGAAGAGGAGCUGUAGCGAGGAAAUAAAAAACGAGCUCGAGUUAAUGUUUGAGAAGUUCGGGUGCAGGAGAGUCUGGAUUUUUGGCUUCUCGGAGAAACAAUAGAAAAUGCAAAACGAAAUAAUAAAGCCUGCUAAAUACUUCUCAGAAGUGGAGAAGAGUGUGCUGCUUGCAUUAGUUGAAAAAUACAAAUAUGUGCUUGAAUGUAAAAAAAGUGAUGCAAGAACUAUUGCUCUGAAACAACGUACCUGGCAAGCACUAGCUCAUGAAUAUAAUUCACAGCCCAGUGUAUCACUGCGAGACUUCAAACAGUUAAAGAAAUGCUGGGAAAAUAUCAAGGCACGGACAAAAAAGAUAAUGGCACAUGAAAGGCGGGAGAAGAGCCCACCAGAAGAAGAUUCUGAAUAUCAGCCUGAUGCUUCUAGUCAAGAGUCAUAUGUUGUCUCAAAUAGAGAACUUUGUGAUGAAGAGAAAGAGCUGGUACAUUUCCCAGUAUGUGAAGGUACCUCCCAACCUGAGCCUUCGUGUUCUGAUGUCAGAAUAGCAGCAGAUAAGAACUACAGAAGUAAAGCAUCUCAGGAAAGUGCUCUGAAAAAGAUGCAUGAGGAAGAACAUCAUCAGCAAAUGUCAAUUUUGCAACUGCAGUUAAUCCAAAUGAAUGAAGUUCAUGUGGCAAAAAUACAGCAAAUAGAAAGAGAGUGUGAGAUGGCCGAAGAGGAACACAGGAUAAAAAUGGAAGUGCUAAAUAAAAAGAAAAUGUAUUGGGAGAGAAAACUGCAGACCAUCACAAAAGAAUGGCCUGUAUCAUCCUUUAACAGACCCUUUCCUAAUUCACCGUAG